AUGUCAAAACUCCCCUCCUUCUUGCGCACCCUCUACUCAAAGCCCCUCCACCGCUGCCUCCUCCUCGGCGUCAGCGGCUCGGGCAAGACCGCGCUCCUCUACCGCAUGCUCCUCAAUGAGCUUGUCGGUUCGAUUCCUACAAUCGGGUUUAACUGUGAGGAAAUCCCCACCGGCCGCGCCACACUCCAAUUCUGGGACAUUGGCGGCGGCUGCGGCACAAUCCACCCCCUAAUCCGCCACUACAUGCAGCCCGGCAGCCACAUCCUCUUCCUCGUCGACACGGCCGCCUGCCUCUCGGACCGCGAGGUGCUCUCGUGGACGCUCGACGGGCUGGCCACUGAAGCGCAAGCCUCCCGAGACAGCGAGGGGGGCUUCUUCGGUGUUGCGUUUGGGAAACAAGACCGUCUGGAGAAUGCGGCCGUAGAUCCCAGAGUCGCAGAGUUGGAGAAGAGCGUAAGAUCGGCGAUGGAGACGGUCUACGGGGACGGAAAAAAGGGGACGAGGUGGGCUAUAUAUUGGAAUGAAGAGGGUGGUGGUAUAUCGGCUGCGACGGGGGCGGGCCUGAGUGAUGGGUGGUUGGCGCGCGAGUUCCUAAAGGGGAUAAAGGCAGGAUUGGAGGAGGGUAAGAAGAAUGAUUCGAGGCCUCCGAUGACAUCGCCGCCGCUGUCGCCGCCACAGAAGGACCCGCUUGACGAGGGCCAGCUUCGCGCCCUGAUAGAGAAGCAGAAUGAGGAUGAUGCAUAUAUAAACCUGACCGUAGAUGAAUUUUUCGAGAAGAUGGAGUCCGGUAUGUUGGAGAAAUGGGAUCAUCGGGCGCACCUUAGGGCAGGCUACUAUGUCCUGAUUGAAAUUCUGUGGGUGGGACAUGGCCUCUGGGAGGCUGCUGAAGACUUUCUCGGAAAGCUGGAGAGUAUGUUGGCCAGUGAUUCAAAGUUAGCCGAAAUCGAAGGGAGAGAGAAGAAGUUUAGGAAUACUGUGCACCGCACAAUGACGACCUUUUACCUGCACAUGAUUCAUAUUUCUCUCCUGGAUUUUACUGCUCAAAACCCUUCUAAUCUCCCCAAAUCUACCGACUUUCCAAAAUUCCUCCUGUCAAACCCUCACCUGAUGAGCUCUCAACUUUGGUCCGCCUAUUAUACCAAAGACACCUUAUUCUCACCCACAGCCAAAUCAGCCUGGGUCCUUCCAGACCUAAAGCCUCUUCCCACGUAUAUUAACUCUGUAAAUAGUGAUGGUGAACUAAAGAAGAACAGCAGUGCUACUCCUGGUCACCUAACCGAGACUGAGAGACUGCAAAGAUUUGCGUUCACAAUCCUUAAACACGUAAAGUCAACCAACCAGCGCCGCGGAAAAGUCAUAAAGGACUCCCUAUCUGCUCUCCAAAAACACAUCAUGCACCAACGAUCUAAAGGCAUCAAUCUAGAACCCUACUCUGAAACCAAAGCCUACUUCUGGAUCCAGAUACUCCACGCCUCAAUCGACAGCCUCGGCGGAGCUAAGGUAAUCGACAUUAUAACCCUCUCAUUCCCCUCGUUCGUGCUGCUUUUCCCGGAGCUUCUACACCGCCGCGAUAAAGGGAAAGAGGUCUGGAGACCCUACUAUACCGAAAAGUCAUGGGAGAGUAUCGAGGCCAGAAUGGCGCUGGUGCUGCCGACAUUGAAGCCGCUGCCGAAUGUGAUAGUGCCGCCGACGGCGAAGGAGCGAGAGGCGGCGGUGAGGAAAGAGCUGGAGGUGCGCAUUGUGGGUAGGGGGAGUGGUUUGUCGGAUGUUGAGAUGAUGCUGCAUGAGUUUUGGGUUGUUGGCGAGGUUCGGGAGGCAGACGACGUAGGGAGACCGCCUCAUACCCAUGGGGGGCUUCUGUGGAGGAUAUUUUCAGCACUAUGGUACGCGAAGCAGGAGAAGAGGGGUAUGGGAGAUGCGUUAAAUGAGGUUUUGGUGGCGGAUGUGAGAGGCAAAGAACCCGAAAGGAGGUUUGGGUUCACAGAGAAGGCCUUUUGGGCUCGGGUGGUGCUUAAACGGUUCUUGGAGUUUGAGCUUGUGAAGCCAGGUGAUGUGGGAGGUGGGGAUCCCAGAGGGGCGAUUUUGAUGAACUUUCAAAGCUUUCUGGCAAAGAACAAGGAGUUGGUCUUGAAGGAUAUGUGGCAAGGCUACUAUUCGGCAGAAACGUGGCAUAGUGAAGACGCAGCGGUGAGGUUUGUUCCGCCAGAUUUGAAGGAGACUGAGAACUUUAUGUGA